AGCCGUGCAACACAUAACACGCGCCCGCGUUGGCGUAUUCUAUUCGCCAAGAGCCAAGGGGAUUGGGGAGGCCGUCCAUGUUGCGUGUUGUUUAGACGCGCCAAAAGGCAAAAGCGUGGAGGAGGCUCAUCAAGCACAAGCACGCCACGCGAUCCACACACGGCAAGCAACGCCCAGGGCUCGUGCUCGCCCCGCGACCCGCGAAAGAUCUGUGCUGGUUCGCUCGCUCGCUCGCGCCGCGCCGCCGCGUGGGGGUGCCGAUGAGCUGCGCGGGGCAGGCCGGCGGGUGGCUGCUCGACUACGCGCUGGUGGAGGAGGAGAUCCAGGGCUCCGAGUUCAUCUACAUGGUCGACGACCCGGCCGUCUCCAGCGUGAUACUGGGGUUUGAUGCUCCCAGGAAGGAGGACGGCGUCCAGGACAACCCCGGCGCCAAGAAGAGAUCCCGGCCGGAGUCCAGCGCGCCACCCGGCACCAAGGCUUGCCGUGAGAAGCUCCGGCGAGACAGGCUCAACGAAAGGUUCAACGAGCUCUGUGCCAUCUUGGAACCCGGCAAGCCACCCAAGGCCGACAAAGUCGCUAUCCUAAGCGACGCUGCCCGUCUCCUGAACCAGCUGCAGGGCGAGGCCCAGAAGCUUAAGCAAUCGAACGAAUCGCUCCAGGAGUCCAUCAAGAGUCUUAAGGCUGAGAAGUCCGAGCUGCGAGACGAGAAGACGAGGCUCAAGGCUGAGAAGGAGAGGUUGGAGCAGAUGCUCAAGGGCGUCGUCAGCCACGCCGCGGUGGCUGCUCCGGGGCCCUUCGUCCCGCACCCUGCUGCGGUCGCUCCAUCUUUCCACCACCACCCGGCGGCGUUUGCUCAGGCUGGAAAGUUCGUCCCGUACCCCAGCUACCCGCCGCCGGCUGCGUUCUGGCAGUGGAUACCGCCGACGUCCCUCGACACGACCAAGGACCCCGCACACUGGCCGCCGGUCGCCUAGCCGACCUACCACCUCACCGUGGCAUCAUUCAUCGGUGAUGCGUUGCCGUGUGUACUGAAUUUGAUCGAAGCAUGCCUGAAAAAAGAAACCUUGGCUGCUGCUCGUGUCAAGGACGUGAUGUGCUGAAGUUCAGGCGAUCUAGGUCGGCUGGAGAAGUCUAUGUAACAGCCAUAAUGCUAAAGCAAUGAAAGUGAUAUAUUAAUUGAAUCGGGCUAGUGUUUCCUGAAACUACGGUUAUUUAGACAUUGCCUGGAAGGCUAGAACAAUGCAAACUUGGGUAACAUUGUGAC